CGUCCUGCGACAGAAAUUUGAUACUAACAAAACCAAACAACAAACAAAUAAACGAAUGGAUGUCAGGUGAGGACGCCGAAAUGAUGAUUGUACGGUAUUCAUUUGACAAUUACAUCAGUGAACCGGAAAAUCAUUGAGUGUUACAAUGUCUGAGGAGCAGGAAGAAUUGGCCACGGCUGAUGGGGGUUACUCACUUUCUGGCAGUGAAGAUACUGCUGCCUCCUCUAUAAGUCUUAGCCUGGGUGAAAACUCUGUUCGACUCAGAGAAAAGUCCAAGCCAGGCAAUGAAGAAGCAGAACCGUCCAAUCGAACUGAGAAAAAAGUUGAGGAUAAAAGAUGGUGGUUGAAACGACCUGAAACUCGUCUAGGUCUUUCAGCAAGCACCAAAAAGUCCGUGCUCAGUGGUGACAAACCCAAAGAGACUCCAUUAUCCGACAUGACUUCGUCAAUGAAGGAGUUCCUUCAAAAAGAAGAACUUUGCAAGGCUCAACACAAAACCUCGGGUGAAAAUAAUCGAGACAAAGAUGACACUCUCUGUGAUAUUCUCGCUUCCACAGCGUUUGAUAAAUAUCCAUCGGAUUUUGAGAAUGCUACAGACGAGGACAUCGGGAGUUUUUUGGAAGAGAUGAGCAAAAUCGCAGGUGCGUUGAGCCCGAGUUCGGCCCAGGAACGAAUGAAAUCUGGCGAAAAUUCGAGUAAAAAUCCGAGCGAAGAAGAAAAAUCUGUGGAAGAGUUAUUGGAAGAAGCUGAAAAGCUUGUUCGCGAGAAUGUCGGUCUUUCGAAGAGUUCGUCGCGAUCAGAAACUUUAAUACUCGAGGAAGUGGAGAACCAGAAUGGUAGUAACACGAGAAUCGUCAGACUCGAGAAAGACAUAUUUCAAUUGAUCGAGCAAGAAGUACAGAGGGAGUCAGAAAAGAUUCGCAAGAGUCCGAAAAACGAGAAGAAUCGUAAAGAAGCGAGUCCUGGCAGGAACAAGGCGAUCUAUGAGAACGAAAACAGCCUUAAGCCUCCGAUAAUGCUGAUGACGUUAGAGUCGCAAAAGAAACGUUUUGAGGAUGAAAAAGUGGAAAUAUCGUCGAGCUCCGAUCUUGACGAUCCGAUCGAGCGUCAUUCGAAAUCUGAAGAUCCUGAAAAAAUGGAAGAGUCGAGGAAGGACAAAGAGAAUCUUCAGAAAGAAAUAACGGACGUUGACAAGGAUUUCUUCGACGACUUGUUGAGACGUUCGAAAGAAAAAAUGGAGGGUGGAAUGUCCGGAAGUUCGAGCUUCGGGCAAGAGGAUUUUUCCCAUUUUCUUCGAAUAUUACAAGGUCAAGAUCGAAAAGAACAGGAUACGAAGGAAGUGAAAAUUGGAACUGCUGCAGAAAUAUCGUCACAUUUAACAAAAGCUGUUAAUACUAAUUUAACGAAUACUGAAAACAUCGUUUUUCCAGAGAAGGAAAUAUCGGAAAUACUCGAGAAAGAACUACCGCAGGAAUCGAAAAAUGAGAAAAUCGUCGAGAAUCACAACGACCGAGAAGAUCACGAGUUCUGUGAAACUGAUUCGAGCUUAGCCAGUGGGGAUAACGCUUCUGAGAGCCGCAGGAAAAAGUCAUUUUCUCGGAAGUCGAGUCAGGAUCGCUCUCGAGCUAGUAAUAUUGACGAGCAACUCGAGCAAAAUUCCAAACGUGACAAAAAUUCGAAAAAAUCGGGAGUCGAACAGAGCGGUGAAAAAUCCUUCUUGAAUUCGAAAAACGAAUUGUACACAGUCGGCUUAACGCCGAGACUCGAGCUGUUUGCAGACGCGAUUCCCAAGCUCAUUGCCGAGAAGACCAACGAAAAUUUGAGCAAAGCUUCCUCCGAAGUGAAGAACGACGAAGUUGACAAAACAGGGGAAAAAUGCGUCGAGGAGGAGAGUGCGAAAAAAGAAAAAUCCCAGGAAAAUUUAGUCAAACGAGCGAACCAAGCGAAAGGAAAGCUUCAAGAAAAAAAUAAAGCGGAAUCCAACCGGGUGAUUCCUGAUACAAAUAGAAAAACAACUCCGAGUCCAGACCGUUCGAAAAAACCUUCUGAAAAGAAGAGCAAAGUCGAAAACGUUCGGCUCGGUCAAUCGAGAAGUUACGAUCAACUUACGAAGCCGAUCUCAAAUCUGAGAGCUUCGCUGGACGACGUGCGGAAUUCGAAAUCGAUAGAUACUUCUCGGAGGUACAAUCAGCCAGGAAAAUCUCCAGUUCUUUCGAAAUUCGCCAAGCAGCGAACGAAUCAAAUUGGGUCCUCGAAGCAGCAAGCACCGAGAAGCAAAUUAUCGUUGAAUCCUUCGACGUCGAAGUUCGAUCUGUUGGCAAAACCAAAAAGGCCAGAAAUCCCUGGGAAAUAUCAUCAAGCAGGUGGCGAUUCUCGAAAAAAUUUAUCCAAAGACGAUCUCGAGUCGCUUUAUCAUGAGGAAAAGCACAAAAACGCUUUGCUCAAGGAACAAAUUGACUCUGAGGCCAAGGUAUUCAAACAACAGAUGCAAAACAUGAGAACUUCCUUCGAGGAAGAAUUGUUCUCUCUUAAAAAACAAAAUAUCAUACUGAAAGCAAAAAUUGACGAGUUCACUCUGAACGAAAAACGCGGCGAUAUUUCUAAGAAAAUACCGUCCCGGAGUGAUACGAGGAACGAGUUGUUGGAAAAAGAGCUCGAAAAACAAGAAGGAAUAAUAAACGCUUACGAAACGGAAAACAAACGGUUGGUUACCGAGAUGGAGCGUUUGCAGGAAGAAAUAAAAAGUACUAAAUCGAAGCAACGAACAAAAGUUGAGAUAAACGAGACUCAGAAACUGAACGAUACGAUAAAAGAUUUGCGGGAGGAUGCGUUGAAGCUGAAUCUCGAGGUGUCGGAUUUGCGACAGAAAAACAGUGACUCUUUGCUGAAAAUUGACGAUUUGUCGCAGCAGAAUAGUUUGUUGAAGGAAGAAUUAGAAAUGUUCAAAGACCAACUGAAAACGAAAAACGAAUUUAUAAACGCACGUUUGCAAGCGAUGACAGCGGCGGAGCUUGAAAGUCGUAAGAAAACUGACGACAUGCGAGUCGACCUGAGUUCGAAAACCGAACAACUGAAAAAUCUGAAAAUCGAGUACGAGAAACUCGAACAGGCAGUUUUGCCGUUGGAGAAAGAAUUGCUCGAAUUGCGAAUGAGGGAAAGCAGCUUUACGGAAAAAAUGCAAGUCGCCAAGAGUCACAUCGAGAGGGAAAAGCAGUUGACUUUGAAGUUGAAGGAUCAAGUUAUUUUGGACAACAAAAAGAUUCUCGAUCUGAAUCGUCAGGUUCGAGAAAUGGAGAGGAUAUUGAAGCGCAAGAACCCUGAUUCGGUCUCAGCUUUGAUAUUAACAGCCAAGUCCGAUCACGAGAGAAUCCACUUGGAAAAAGUCAAAUUGCUCGAGGAUCGAAUAGCCUCGUUGGAAGGGGAAAUCAAAGCCAAGGAGGAAAUUGGUCAGGAGAAACUGACGGAUUUGCGGACCAAAUUUUCCGAAAUGAAAGAAAAAUACGUCAGCCAAGUGGCGGAUUUGGAAGAGAGAUUGUUCGAGGCUAUGGCGAAAGAGCGAAAAAUUUACUGCGAUUCGUUUACCCAAACGGUCACUAAAAGCAUGGAAAACAAAAGCGUCGAUGCCGCGAAUGCGAGACGCGAAGAAAGGGAACAUUUAUCAUCAGCUCAAACAGAAAAGGACGAGAAGAAGGAAGCGAAGAUGGUCAAAACCGGACCGAAAUCACAGAAUCCCAAAGAAGAUACUCACCUCAUAGCCACGAUUAGAGGACUCAAAAUGGAAUUAGCCAAUAAGGACAAACAUUUGGCAAAAAUCAACAAAGAGUUUCAAGAGUUGCAAAAAACCAACAGGCGGUUGCAGAAGGAGCGCGAGAGGCUUCUGAACGAUCGAAGAACUUUCAAAUCCACCACGGACCUCGAUAAGAAUGGACGUUCCGCUUCCGUUACCUCAGAUCCUAGGCUUCCGGCGUCGAGGACCGAAACGAACGACCUGAACUCGAAUCAUUUUCAAAAUGGUCAUUUCUCCAAUGGCAAUACUCACAGGCUCUCCGGUUCCGCUCCGAGACUUUACGAUCCUCUUCAAUAUUCCGAAAAUGAUGACCGCACCGCGCUUAAAAAGCUCACCAACGAAAACGGGAUAUUGAAAGAAGAAUUGAACAAAAUCAACAAGGAUUAUAUGAUGCUGAAGAACAAACGAUUGCACGAUCUCAAUUUACUGCAGGAAGAACACGAACGAGAGAUGGCCUCGUUGGUCAAAGAAUACAGCCUCAAAUUCGGCGAUUCUAAAGUCGUCAAAUUGCAGGGUCAAAUAAACACGCAGGUCGCGAUAAUAACGCAUUUGAAGCAGCAGAUCGAGAAGUUGAGAGACUACAAAGAGCAAGUCGUGGUUCUGAAGGUCGAGCGCGAGCAUUUGGAGAACAAAGUGAAGAUAUUGAACGAAAAAGUGAAAUACCUAACGACGCCGGGCACCGAGCAGCUUCAAUUGCUUCAGGACAAGAUAACGAUUCUUCAGCAACGACACGAGUCCCGUGAGAUUACGCUUCAGAGCCUCGUCCGCGAUCUUCUCAGGAAAAAAACUCAAUGCAGGGACUGCAAAGGCGAGAAAGGAAAAAGCAACAAGCAGCUCUGUUAUUUUCGUCAAGAACUCGACCAUAUCUUGGGUAUGCUGCAAGAAAUAUCGAAUGUACAGUAAAGAAAUCGGAGGAAAAAGAGCACGAAGACAAAACUUGAAAGGAAUUAUGGGUCGCGUCGAAACGAACUGAGAAACCAUCGAGUCGAAACGUGGGCGAAUUUGCAUUUUUUUGUCCAACGGAAUCCUAAGCAAAAUUCUGUAACUUCUAAAAAAUGACUGGUAAUAAGAGCGUACGCGAAUUAUCGUUCCUCUGUUAUCCAACGGCGGUUUUAGCAGAAAAGACCGAAGCACCGAGCAGGCGAACAGAAAUCGUAAAAUAAGGAAAAUCUCAGAUCGUCUCGAAACGGGACUGUCGAGCCAAAAUGUAAAUUAAUGAUGUCCAAUCGAUCCUUCCAAAAAAUCUAUUCGUUAUCAGGAUAACAACUUUCCUCGAAAUCAAAAUAAUAACGAACUACAAAUUAAAAAGCAUCAACAAACAAAAAUAUAUCGAUUGGUAUCACUGCCAAAGAAGAUAUUAAACUUUAUUUUUAUUAUAAAUCGCUAAAGCUGUAUCUUGCCAAUGCCCAAGCGCCCAUUAGACUAAACCUAAGUGAUGUAAGAGUCGAAAAAAUCUAUAAAAACAAUUCAACUUCCGGUUAGACUUCCGAUAAAUUCUCCACGUAAAGUAGACUUUUUUAUAGAAAUUUUUGCUCGUACACUAGCUGUAAAUAGUGAGCUAGGAUGAAAUGAUCUUAGGUCCAAAAAGCAACAGUCCGUUCCCAGCAUUUUUGCGAAUCAACGAAUCUCUGUGUAGUCCUCAUUAUUUUCUUAUUUAAAUUAUUAUUACUAUCAUUAUUAUUAUUAUUAUUGCCAUGAUGGUAUUAUUAUUUUAAGUCCUCGUCCUUUGAAGCUCAUUUGAAAAGCGAACAAUCAUAAAAACAGGCAAAAAAAACUAAUAUCACAUCGAUUUUUGUCAGUUUUGCAAAACGUCCUAUAUUUAUUACGACUGUUUAUCGAAAUAAGCGUCCCAUCGUUGAACCGUCGCACAAUAUUUGUGUCGCUGAACGUUUCCUUCUUUUUUACACCGUCAUCUUUUUUAUAUGGAAAUAAAAAACGAAAAAAAAAAAAAAAUAACAAACAAACAAAUUGAAAAACAUCGAGUAGAUAUUUUGUCACUGCUGAUUCCAUCUACUUGUAUACAAUUCGAACUGUUACUAUUGUUCAAUAAACAAAAUAGUAAUGUUUCUCUUCGAUCUUAAA